AUGGCGGAUCCUCGAUUUCUCGAGGCUUGGAUGGGAGGCCGUACAGACAUCCAAACUAAACCGCGACUAAAUGUCCGCCUUGAUGCUCCGGAUGGAAUUUCGUACGCGCCAGACCAGCUGGACCCACACAACUCUGUAAAGCGUGUAUUUUACCCGCCGAAACUGCCCGAAGCGCAACCGGACAUGUAUGACUUUGCAUCGGAGAUUGCAGAGCAUGAAGGGAAGCCCGCGUCGGCGAAUUUCGUGCUUGAAGAGGAGACUGCAGAUGAAACAACGCCUGCACAACAGCUUGCGGCACUGGUGCGCGGGCAGGAAAAGAGUGACACUAUUGCCGAAAAGACGGCGGAGAUGCACGUAAAUGAAAGGGAUAGAGAUACAGCGUUGGCGGAAGAAGUAGAUGCGAAAGCGGACGCCGUGCAAGAAGCGGGCGUGGAAGCUGACAAACACAUUGCUGCAAACAAAAAUGACAAUGCAAAGAACGAACAUUUGGCACAAGCACCAUCGAGCAAGUCUGCGGCCAAGAAAGCCAAGAAAAAGGCCAAGCAAGCCGCAGAAGCAAACAAUGCAGAAAAUGGCGCCGGAAAAAACGCCCACGCCACCGACGCCGACGAAUCGGUCACCAUGUCUACUUGCAACGCCCAGAACAGUGCGAUCAGCAACGACAACCAACUGCCCGUGUCUGACGUUACCACAGCACCCUCUGCAGAGCUCGAGCCGACUGCGCCUUCGGCCCAACGCAAGCAAGUGGCCAUCGCAGCCGAUGUGAAGACGAUCGAAGCAAGCCAAGACGUAAGUGAGGGCACCAUGGACCAAGUGCCUUUGAAUGGCGACGCAGGGUCCAUAAAGAGUGCCAAAUCGCACGCGCCAAGCGUUGCGCCUACCGAGUCUGGCAUCUCCAUAAUGUCGCGCACGACCCAUAAAUCUACGGGCGGUGUGCUCCCUAGAGUCGUGCGUGCAAAUUUGCAAGUCGCUCCUUUCCAGGCUCCGUACGAUCAACGACCGGACCUCAAGAUCCAAAAAGCAGAUGUAUGGAACACACCGACAUGGUCGUCUUUCCGCUCCCGUGAGACGCUCUCUGAGCAACCCAUAGGCAGGGAUGCCGGAACCCAGUGGAGCGACAUCUCGAGCUACGCUUCGACCACGACCUUGUCACAGCAUUAUACACCGCGCGAAAUGAUUGCACACUUGUUCGUCCCUGAUCCACGCCCGUGGCAUCCGUACCGUAUGGUGCGCCGCACCAAUCCACGCCAGGUCUUGCUUUUCUGUGCUGGCACGGCACUGAGCGCUGCAGAAGUUCGCUCUGCGCAGGCUGUGCGCAAUGCACUCAAAGAACGCGCCGCGGGCGCCGAUGUCAACACCAAGUCCCUCGCGUCGUACUUCGGCUCCACGGAAAACACGCACACGCAAGGAGGAAUUGGGUUUGUGUUCUGUCCUACCAAGGUGCUGUGCAAUAUGACACACGCAGAGAUUGACCCAAGCCGUGUGGAGCCCAACUUUUCGCGCCGCCUGGAGCGCCCUGAUUUUCACAGCAGCACGACAAAGCAGCGUGCGACACUGCGGAGUAGUAUUGCCGCGCUUGAGUACCACCGCUGGGAGCGCGAUGGGUUUGACAAGGUUGUGGUUGCCACGCAUUGUCGCUGGCUUGCGCGUGGGAUCUCGGAAGAUAUUUGGCUCUGGCGCAAGAACGGCUGGAUGCUAACGUACCAUAGUCCACAAGGGCCUAUGGGAGACACUGUCCCGAACCGUGACUUGUGGGAGCUGCUGGACUACACGAUCCGCAGCUACGAGGAUAUAGAGUGCGUGUAA